AUGCCUGGCGCCAAGCAGGCAAAGUCUGAGGAUGAAAUUCCUCAGCCCGAUGCUCAGUUCAUUGUCCAAUGUGUUAUGAACAUGACAUCUGACAGACAGGCGAGUUCUCUUCUUCCUUGCGUUCUCUCACUACGUAUCGCUAAGCAUUCCAUACAGGUCGAUUUGAGCAGAGUGGCCGCUGCCCUUGGCUAUACCAAUGUUGCCUCCACCGCGAACCGAUUCCGCGCCCUGCGCAAGCGUUAUGGGUUUGAGCUCGAAGCCACCCAGACAGGUGGAAGCCCCACCAAGAUAGACAGCGCGUUGGCUGGAGGCAACGGACCCAUGGAUGCUCAGAACGGGCAGGCCGGCCUUGAAGUGACCACCCCGACCAAACGCAAGGCGCCUGCGAAGGGCAACCCCCGAAAGAAAACCAAGGCCAAUGCUGAUGGGGCCGCUGAGUCGAACAACUCCGAUGAGGCUCAGGCUGGGUCGGAUGUCGAUACCAAGCCGAACACCAAGGGUCGCAAGAAGGGCGCUGCUGCCCGUGCCAAGUCUGCUCCCAAGGUGGAGGUUGUGGUUGCGCCUGAGACCCAAGACGGGCUUGACCUUGGAAGCGAGGUCGUUUAA